CAAUAUGAAAUAUUGGCGAAUAGUAACCACAGUUUUCAUAUUAUGAAUCUGUCAAUGGUGUUUGGUGGUAUAAUUAGACGACUGUAUAAGUAUACUGAGCUAUCUCGUUUGUGAAUUUAUGUUUAUUAAACAAGUUACUUGUUAUUCACAUCCUAAUUCAAAAUGAUAAAACUUUUCUGAAGACGUGAAAGAGACUUUCUGUCGAGAUUUGAGGAAUAUUUGUAAGACAGCAAAUAUCUUACUUAUCCUCAUUUUUCAUUUUAAGGCCGCCUCUGCAGGACCCAUGGAACGCUCGUCGUAGUAGACCGCGGCAAAUAGCCCCGCCUACCCCUGGGGUUCCUUAGCCCGGAGAGGGAGAGAAAGCGAGUGUGGCCUCUGAGGGGGAAAGGAAAAAAAAAGGAGAAUAAAAAAAAGUGAAUUCGAAAAGAAAACCUGAAGGUAAACCCGGCGGAACAGAACAGACCGCGUUCUUGUGUUGUGCUUGUUGGAGGCAUGGCUGCUGCUACGAGCGGCCGGCAUUCGUAUGCGAUGGUGAUUCUUGUGGCGAGUGUGUUUCUCUUGGUUCUACCGGAAUGGUGUGCUUCUACAUUCUUCGUUUCGCACCCGGAUCACAGAGUUUCCCCAGAACAUGUGCGGGAAUUUAGCUGCGGUUUCCUCUACUAUCGAACUUUUUACCUGGACGCCAAGCGGGACUCUCUGUUCGUCGGCGCCAUGGACCGUUUAUACAAGCUAAAUUUAAACAACGUUAACAAAAGCCGCUGUGACGUUGAUGCGCUGUUCCUAGAUCCACAACACGUAGCCAAUUGCGUCUCCAAGGGAAAAUCAGAGCGCUAUGACUGCAGGAAUCAUAUUCGAGUGAUACAGCCUAUAGGAGAUGGAAGUAAACUGUAUCUUUGUGGGACGAACGCUCAUAACCCUCGUGAUCUUGUAAUAUAUGCUAAUCUCAGCUAUCUUCCUCCAAAUGAACAUUUUCCUGGUAUUGGAGAUGGGAUUGCAAAAUGUCCUUUUGAUCCAGAUGACAAUGCUACUGCUGUUUGGGUUGAGCACGGCAACCCUGGAGGACUCCCCGGGCUCUACAGUGGUACAGUUGCGGAAUUCACUAAAGCUGAUACAGUCAUUUUUCGCACAAAUCUCUAUAAUCUUACGACAGGUGCAAGUGUUCACCCAUUCAAAAGAACUAUCAAAUAUGAUUCAAAAUGGCUUGAUCGACCUCAUUUUGUUGGAUCUUAUGAUAUUGGUGAUUAUGUUUAUUUUUUCUUCCGAGAAAGUGCGGUUGAGUACAUAAAUUGUGGGAAAAACAUAUAUUCUAGAGUGGCAAGAGUUUGCAAGAGAGACACUGGAGGAAAAAACAUUUUAAACAAAAACUGGGCUUCAUUUUUGAAAGCUAGAUUGAACUGUUCUAUUCCUGGAGAGUUUCCAUUUUAUUUCAAUGAGAUUCAGCAUGUCUACAAACAUCCAGAAGAUGAGAAGAAAUUUUAUGCUGUGUUUUCCACAUCUACCAAUGGCCUCCUUGGGUCUGCCAUCUGCAGCUACAGUUUGGACUCCAUCCAGGAAGUCUUCAACGGGAAGUUUAAAGAGCAGGCAACUUCCUCUUCAGCUUGGCUUCCAGUCCUGACCAGCAAAGUCCCGGAGCCACGACCUGGUCUCUGUGUCAAUGACACACAGACGCUCCCAGACUCUGUAUUGAACUUCAUUCGAGGACAUCCCCUCAUGGAUUCUGCCGUUUCCCACGACAAUGCAAAGCCCGUUUACUACAAGAGAGAUGUCAUAUUUACUUGUCUUGUUAUAGAUAUGAUUGAAGUGGAUGGUGUUCAGUAUACAGUUUAUUAUGCUGGAUCAACUGAAGGCUACGUGUAUAAGCUGGUAGAAUGGUAUGAUCGUCUUGGAGAAGAGCAUUCAAAUCUAGUAGACAUUUUUGAAGCGACUGUUCCUGAUUCAGUUCGUGCCAUUGAAAUAUCAAGCAAGCACAAGUCCCUGUAUGUGUCAUCAGACUAUGUACUAAGACAGUUUGAUCUCGUAAUGUGCAAAGGAAGGUAUGCCAAUUGUUUACGUUGUAUUCAAGAUCCUUAUUGUGGUUGGGACAAAGAGAGGGGAGAGUGCAAGCCAUAUGUCCCUGGUUUGCUUCAAGAUGUUACUAAUGCAACUCCUGGUAUCUGUGAUAAUUGUGUAAAAAAUAAACCUCUCCAUGUGUUUUGGGGGCAGAGUGUGCACCUGUCCUGUGCAAUUCACAUGCCUGAUAUUGAAAGCAUGGGUUUGGGGCCUCUGAGAUGGUACCACUACACUCGAGAGAAGGGGAAGUAUGCGGUCAUUCACAGAAGAGAGAAAUACAUCCACACGGCCGAUCACGGUCUGGUCAUCCUCUCCGUGUCCGAGAGGGACGCUGGCCGGUAUGACUGCAAGCUCGGUGCAAGCACCUUAUGCAGCUUCAAUAUCACAGUGGACACUAAAACUUGCAGUGCUCCUUCUGAGGCUGAAUAUAGGAAAAUUUAUUCGGACUGGUGUCAUGAGUUUGAAAAGUAUAAAAUGGCAAUGAAGACGUGGCAGAAUAAACAAGCAAAAUGCCAGUCUGUGCAUCCAAACGACGUGACAUAUCAAGGUGGCACUCUUGUGUGAGACUAAUAUACCGUCGAUGCAGCCAAGUUCCAAGCCAAGCCACAGUGCUCAAUUUGCGUCCUUUGUACAGAGUACUGCAGAAGAUUAAAGACUGCCCUUUCUGAGCCUGGUGGAUAAAGUGUGUCACCAACUGCAGGCACAUCCAGGCUCAAGUUCUGAUCUCCGAUUCGAUGCCUCGGAUCUCCCAUCCGCGGGCAGCCAGAAAACUCUGAGCCAGCUUCCGGCCUUUCUGUUUAUAAAUGUGUGUGUGUGUGUGUGAGUGUAUCACAGAUGAUCACCAUGUUUUCUGAGUGUACAUGAUAUACUUUUUAUCUCUCAUCCCUCCCCUGCCAUUAUUUAGUCCCGAGUGCAUUUUCGUUUCCUUUCCGAUUAUGCCGAAUGAACGGUAUGGCAGGCAUGCAGAGCUUAAUAAUAUGACUGAGUCAAUUGUACAACUUUUCAAAGUCAACUACUUGUAUGGCCUUGCUGAAAAUGAGAAGACUUCAGAGGCUUGCGUUGGUGUUAAUGUAUAUAACAUGUUACGAUAUGGAAUAAACUUUAUUCUUAAACUGCCAUCAAGCCCAUUUGAUUCAUAUUUUUCUAAACAACUCUCUUUUUUUUUUGUUUCAUCAAAAUUACGUAAAAUUUGGAGAACAUUUAUUUCCAAAUGUUACAAAAUGUUUCUGAAGUUGGAAACAGCGGUCAAUCAGAUCUUGAAUGUUCAAACGAGUGAUGCCAUAUGUAUGUCAAGAAAGUCUGCGUUUAUUAUAGAUUUAAAAAAAUGGAUUAUUGCCAUUUGAGACUUAAGAAGAAAUUAUUACACAACAUGCAAUAAUGUGGCCACAAGAAAAGAAGAAUAUGAUGAUAUAUAAGUCACAGAACUCCUUUCAUAAAAAUUUUGCCUUGUACUGUUUUUAAAAUAAACUGACAGUACUUUAAAAUUGUUGAUCUUACACUUGCAGUUUUACAUCUGAUGCUUUGUUUUAAGAAUUAUUACAAAAAGGAAAACGUGCAGCUAGAAAAACAUUGAUUAGUUGUCAUUAUAAGAUUUAAAUUGAGUUAAGUAACAUUUAUUAAUUUUGUACUAACAUUUAUAAUUUUUAAAAAACUAUUUUUUCAUUGAUUUUUUACAACUAAAAUUUUGAAUGUAACAUUUUUACAUAAUGUUUGGACAUUAAUGGAUUCAUUAUUCAUUUUAUAAUUAACUUUUCUGUGAUCAUUUAUUUAUUUUAUAUUUUAAAGAUCAUUCAUGUGUCUUUGUUCCAUACUUGACAAUUUUAUAAUAAGUAUUUCGUCAGAAUUUUAUGAAACACAAAUCAAGAUAAAUUUCCGAAAUAGGCUGUCAACUUCUGACUCUAAACUAAAUUUAUUAACUCUUUAUGUGAAUCUGAAAGUACUUUUUAUUAUUUUAAGUAAUAGCUACUUAUUUAAAUUUUUUAUGUAUUGAAAAAAUGGGAUAUCUAUAAUGUCAUAUUCAAAUUUAUUUAACUCAUAUGCAUUUGUUAAACUUUUUACUUUAAUAAAAAGCUCUUUACCUGAGUAAUUAUUCACUAUUUUCCUUUAAAUUUUAAGCUGAAUUGAUACUCAAAGUUUGAACUAUUCAUCAAAAAAUUUGAAAUUUUUUAAAACGGUGCUGUGUGUUACGGAGUAAGCUUCAAUGUAUUAUCUCAACAGAAAAUGAUAACACUUAACUAAAAAAUUAUACUUAACUUAUACUCAUUUAUUUAUUAAUUUUAUGUUCAUUAAAGAUUUCAUGUGAUUUUUACACUCAUUUUAUAAUUACUUUAGUUUUUAUUUAAAACAAUGCUUAAAGAGUUUUUUUUUUUUUUUUUUGCUCUGAAAGCUGCUUGAAUUGUUAAUUAUAGAUACAUGAAUAAAAUGACUUUUAAAAAAGAAAGAUAGAUAUUACAUUUUUGUUUCAUGCUGCAGUUUCUUUAGCCUGAAAAUAAUCUUUUGUGUGCGUGAUUAAUGUGUGUUUCAUUGCUUUUCAACUUGUUUCAUGUAUACAAAAUUUCAAGCAUGCCAAUUUACUUUUACAUGUAUUUGUUAUAUCAUUAACACCUGAUCAUUUUCACAUUCUGAAACAAAUUCUUAUUUUUGAUUUCGACAUGUGAAGUUCAUUAUUCAUUUGCACAAUAAAUAUUGCUUAUGAUGUAAUGAAAUGUGAUACUUGCAAAAAUCAACUGUACAUUCAUUGUAUUUGUUUUCUAUUAAUAGCACAAUUUCUUUCCUUUAAUAAAAAGAUUUUGUGUAAACAUUUUUGUUGCAGCUCAUGAGUAUAUUAUGACAUAUAAUUAUACCCCCAUGUUUCUUACGAAUUUAAAUGAACUAGUAUUGAAAUUCAGCUUAUUUUUUGUAUAAUUAACUGGAAUUUGUUUAAUGUGUGUAAGAGAGAAAAAAAACCCUAUAUGUCGGAAAACUUUCCUUGACCUAGCCAUGACAUGAAAUGUAGUACUUCCGUUAUAGCUUUCCUUGUAGGCUUUGAUUUUUUUAUACAUUAGUUUCAGCCAUUUUAACAGACUAAAGAGGUUCAAGCAAAUUUAAUCGUAUGUAUUGAGAUUUUAAAAAGGCUAUUCAAUUGGUAUAAAAAUGUUAAGUGUGACAGGAAUUUUUUUGUUUCCAAAGUAGAGAAUUUUCGGAUAAAUUUCAAUCAAAAGUGAAAUUUAAAACCAAAAAAGAACCAAGUUGAAUUUUUGUAAAGUGCCCCAUGGUCAUAUCAAAUAUUGUGCCAUAUUUCAUGACUCAAGGUGGAGAAAAAGUUAGCCAAAGUGGCGGACAAUGUUUACCCUUUAAUAAAUAAAGAGGAAAUUGGAAGAAAAAAGUAAGUGCAGUUUGUGUGGGAAAAAAAACAACUCAAAAGAAUUUCUCCUUCCUUUUCAAAAAUUACUUGAAAAUAACCAGAAAGUCCCAAAAUGGCCAACAACUACAAAAUGAUUCUGCUUAGCCUUGGCUUUUUUAUUCCUUAAAUAUGAAUUACAGAUGUUCUAAGCAACUGAGAAAGUUCGAACAAAGUUCAACUUCUGUUUUAAAAAAUCUGACUUUUUAAUUGGUACAAAAAAUUUUGAAAGCAUGUUAAUGCUAAGAUUUUUUGCCCUAAAUUAAAUAAAUUGAGGUGAAAGUUUUGCUUAUGUAAUAUAGAAAUUUUAAAAAAGGAACAAAGUCACUUUUAUAAAAUGUUGUUUCCCAGUGCAAAAGUACGCCAAAGUACAUUUUGAAUUAAAUGAGUCUCCUUCCUCAGAAAACUAAUCCUAAAAAAGAGUGGGAAAGGUUCCGACAUUCACAUAUUAAUGUGAUUGUUUUGGAGUUGUAGAAUCUCUGGACCAGGCAGCAUUUAGUUUCUUCUUUGUUUAAUAAGAACUGAACAUAUUUUGUGAUAUCUUUUUAUUUAUUUAUAAAUGAAUCACAUGUUGAUUUGUAUAUUUAUUGUGUACCCUCUCCCUCCUUUUUUUUAAUUUUAUUUUUACUAUUUUUUUAAUAACUUUUUGGUAAAGUUUAGUAUUAUUUGUUAAUUUUUAUUUUUAUUAAGGACACAUGGAAAUUAUCAGUAUCUAGUCUUAAUGAAUUUUUUAUUGUAAUUGGAAUUUUCCAUUGAAUUAAGUAUGACUUCGAAAGACAGUUUUUCAUUUGCCACAAAUGACUGAGAUAUAUUUUUACAUGUUUUCAUUUCAUUAGCACGAGAAAUUUUGCUUUGAGAAUACAAAUCAAAAUUUAUUUGUAUAUUUUAAAAACCAACGAGGUUGACCUUUAACUUUAGAAAAUUCUGAAGGUAAUUUAAAUUGUUGUAUAUAUUUAUUGUUUGUAUAUGCAUAAAUAAACUUCAUGUUGAAAUAAU